UGCAGCGUUAAUUUUAUACCACCGCAAGGCAACCUCUCACUUAGCCUUCAUCGACCUCCCCGACGUUCAAGCCCUGUUCACGACGACCGCACGAUAUUACUGACGCUCCUUUUCCCCAUUGAAGCCCGCUUCUCCCAGGCAUGCAGCCUUCACAGUUGGAGAUACAGCGCGAGGUCGAGGCUUUACGAGACAUCAGGCGGCGCUCUACCGCACAAGGCGGACCAGGUGCUCUAAUUCUUGACCCUGAUCUUCCAAACCCAUCGUCUCCAACAUCGCCAACGUCCAGCUACUGGGCUGCCACUGUGCCUCAGCAGCUACCUGAUGGUGACUCCAGCAGCGGCUCUCACGAAGACAGCUCUAGCUCAGAAGACCGCAGCACGGGCUUAGAUGAUCCUUUCCAUCUUUUCUGGGUGCCAGCUCGUCUCCAUCCCGAAAUCGAUCCUGGUCAAUUUAGCGCUUUUCUCAAAGAACAUUCCCGUACUCCACCCCCAGAUGGCGCCGCUGGUCCUGUUCGGUCAAGCUCUUUGAGUGUCCCUUCCACAGGUUUAGGACGCAAGCGUUCAAUGCUCAGCAGACAGUACAAACCAUCAGAAAAUGACCAGGUCGAGGAUGAAGAUGAGAAGAUUGUCCCUUCGCGUCCCAAUCGCACACCCCUCACAAAUACCGCGCCACAGCUUACCAUCAGCGACCUACAAAGACUAGAAGUACUGGCAGAAGAGGCCUCAAAGAGUGAUGAUCCUACAAAACUUAGGAAUGUGAUCAGGCGAAGUUUAAGCCUUAAUGUAUCUCCUUCAGCCAUGGACAAAAUGGACAAUAUCCCUGACAUGCCAGAUGAGGCCGAUGCACCCAUCAUUGUUCCUCCUCCCGGCCUAAUCCUUCGUCGAGCUGCACGCACCAAGAUCCGCAAAACCACCUUACCUGGUGAUGGCGGGGGUCAUCGAUUUGGGUCUGGACGCAGGCCUCGUGCUGCAACACAGGCCGAACCUCGUACCUCCAGUGAACUGUCCUCCAGUGAUCAUGUUUCGUCAAAUGAUCACGGCGAUGCCACAGAAACAGGUAGACGACCACGUGCGCUUUCUAACGAAAGCAUGACAAGUGACGGGCAUACUUCGCAAACUGACGUGCUGAUAGAUGAAACACUCAUUCUCGAAGCAUACCUCUGUGAUGCACCUGAUGCCGAAGCCUCUUCGAACUCAUCGCUAAAGCCAAACCCCCCGAUGUUGUCAUUCUCGCUAGCACAUGACGAGCAACCACCCACCCAAAUCGAACCUAAAGUGGAUGUGUCCACUCCUGAGCUGGUCUUGCAUCAUCCUCAACCCCAGAGACUUACUUUGAGCCCUCCUCCAGAGGAGUCGUCUCGAACGCCAUCCCCAGAUACCUCCACUUUAGCACCAUCCACCGAAGGUAUAGCGGCAUCCGGCGCCCCGCAGAAGGUACCGAGCCCCGUGCUGAAGAAGGAGAAGGACCGAAAGGGGUUGUUCAAAUGGGCCAGUGACAAAGGUGGAAGGAAGAACGGCAAGGAUAGGGAACGCGAGAAGGAAGUGCAGCGAGUGGAAAAGGAGGGCGGGUUCUUCGGGUCCUUGUUCAGCAGCAAAAAGAAGGCCGAUGAGCAGGCUUCUCAGCCAAAUCAAUACGGGUCUGGGCGAGAAGCUGCUACUGCCUUACUUGGCCAGUCAAAAUCAUCAAAACAGUAUGUUCCGUCACCAUCGCCGCAACUGCCCGGCGGGCAGGGCACGUAUGCUCGAUAUCCUAUCCACGUGGAACGCGCGAUCUAUAGACUAAGUCAUAUCAAGCUGGCGAACCCCCGAAGGCCGUUAUAUGAGCAAGUUCUCAUCAGCAAUUUGAUGUUUUGGUAUCUAGGUGUCAUCAACAAGACGCAGAACCCUGCGGCGACUCCUCCUGUGGCGCAAAAUCAACCAGCGGCUACCACUCCGGUCGCGUCUAUUUCUGACAAUGAUCAGGUAGAGAGGGAGAAUGAACGUCGAGAAGCGGAAGAGAGGCAGAGAGUUGAGAAUGAGCGGCUUGAGAGGGAGAGGGAGAUUGAGCGCGAAAGAGAACUUCAAAUUCAACAGCAACAACAGCAACAGCAGCUGCAGCAACCACAGAAAAAGGAGUCACCAAGGAGAGGCGCUCUUACAAAGCCUCCCAGCGGAUCGCAAGGUGCUCGACGGGUCGCCGAAAUGCCAAUCAAGGGUCCUCAGUACGAGAUGCAGCAUCGGGAAAUGGAGCAGCAAUACAAUGGCUCCAGCUACGGGUAUAGCUCACCAUCUCCGCAGCCAAGGAUGCCGCGACAGUCAAAUCCACCUGUGAAUGCGCCUCAGAUUGUCCAGCCUCAAUCGACAAGUUACAUGUACCCUGGAUACACGGGGCCUGGGGCGGUAGAUCAACAACAGUUUCCACCUGUCGCUAUGCAGUCUACUGAGUCGUGGGCUUCGUCAUCCACUUCGGGAGCUCCACCCCUGCCGCGCACGCGAUUAACCCCUUCACCCCCUCCCAAUCAUGCUCCAAGUACUGCUGCUAGUCCCCAGCAAGCUCCUGCCCGCCGGUCGCGGUCUCCACCAGCGCAAAAUCAUAACAGAUACUCUGCAAAUGUGUCACCCGCCGCUACCAAUCGUGUCCAAGCAACACGGACCACAACACGCUCAUUAUCUGCGACUGCGAUCGCGGGUUCUUCUCCUCCGCCCCUCCCCACCGAUGGGAAGGCCAGGAAGGCGACCAGCGCGCAUGCCGUUAUGCCAACGACACCCAACAGAAGACCAAGAGCACACGCAGAACCUGUUCCGCCCCGCACAGAACGGGGCGAGGAGGAGGACGUUCCCUUAGCAGUGUGGCAGCAGCAACGGCGAAAAUGAUCCUACCUGGUUAAUUUUUACCAAAUUCGCGCUUUCUUCCUCCACUUGCUAAAUUGCUUUUACGUCUCCAACCCUGACAUUGGUCUCAGCACCAUCUAAGACCCGUUGCGUCCAGGUUAUUCUUGGGAUAAGUCAUUCAUCCAUCGGACCAUUUUACCAUACAGUACUACUGCUUUUUAUUCCCCCAGCAUUACGUUGUAUUUGCGUCGUUCAGCAGAAGCACCGCGGCA